AUGGUGCGCUUCGAUCGGAUCUUCGGGAUCCUGCUCUCAUGGCGAUGCGCCGUCCAUGCGGCGCCCGCGGAUUCGCCGCUGGGCCCGCCAUCCAUUUUCUCCCAGACGACUCUAUAUCCAUUGCCCAACCAGGGCCAUCUCGCCGUCCAUGACCCCAAUAUUGUGCAUAACAACGGCGCAUAUUACAUGUUUCGCGGCGGAGUCCACGUCCCCAUUCUCAAGGCCACCAGUCUCGACGGGCCCUGGCAGCGCAUCGGAACCGUGCUCGACGGGCCCAGCCUGAUCAAGAAGGAAAAUCGCACGCGGCCGUGGGCUCCCACCACGGUCGAAUACAACGGUCGCUUCUACUGCUUCUACACCGUCAGUCGUCACGGGAGUCGCAACAGUGCCAUUGGCGUCGCCUCGACGGACGCGAUCGAAGGCUCGUGGACCGACCAUGGCGCCGUGAUCAACACCGAGAAGGGUCCACAUUCGCAGAUCUGGCCGUACACCGAGUCCAAUGCCAUCGACGCCAGCUUCAUCACCGACCAGCAAUCGGGGAAACCAUACCUCCUAUACGGCAGUUUCUGGCACGGCAUCUACCAGGUGCCUCUCGCGACCGAUCUGCUAUCCGUGGAGGACCCGGACCACCCCGAUGCGAAGAACCUGGCCUACGUGCCCGACCAGAAGGUGAAGCCCAUCGAGGGGUCGUUCAUGAGCUAUCGGGAACCGUAUUAUUACCUGUGGUUCAGCCACGGAAAAUGCUGUCGGUUCCUGGGUAAGGGAUUCCCGGUCGCGGGGAAAGAAUACAGCAUUCGCGUGGGGCGGUCGAAGGACGUGCGCGGGCCGUUUGUCGAUAAAAACGGCGUAUCUUUGCUAGAAGGAGGCGGCACGGUCGUCUACGACUCGAAUCGGGGGGUGGUGUAUGCCCCAGGGGGCGUGGGGGUUUUAUCGGGCAAUGCGACGGAUCCGGAUAUUUUGUACUAUCACUACCGUGAGUAG